UGACUCUCGCUCCGGGCAGUUAUCGAUCCCAUCGGUCUAGAACGGUUUUUAAUCAUUUUUUUAAUGACUAGAGGGGGAAAAAAAUGAAACAAUCAUAGAGUGACUUUUUCUUUUCCUUGCGCUUCGUUUCAAAUUGGGAUUUUAACAUUUUUAAAUAGCCAUUCGAUGAAAGUUUUCUGUCAUCAUUGGCGAUGUGAUUUUACUUCGCAAGCUUUUCAUGAGGAAAUUAGAAUAAGAAAUAAAAGAGAAAAUUUAGCAUUAUUUUUAGAGAUAGACAUAUCUACUAUUGGUGAACUUAAUACCAUGACCAUAAUUGAUAUUAUGAAUGGUCUCUUGAAUGUGGUCAAAUAUGGAGUCAUCAGGAGUAUUGGGGAGAACGAAGCCCUAUAGAUGUACUGAAGCCCUAUAGAUGUACUGAAGCCCUUUAGAUGUACUGAAGUCCUAAAGAUGUACUGAACUUGGAUCUCAAGAGCUUCAAUGAAUGUUCGAAUCUGUUCAGUUAAUUGUCAAACUGAGUUUAGCAAGAACUAAUUCCAAUGUUUUCUAAAAGUAACAUAAAGAUUGAAGUGCCUAGAAAAUAUAACAAAAAAAACGUCAAGUUGUCUAUCUUUAUGGAAUGGUUAUGUUCAGUGAACAGUCAGGCUCAACUAAAAUAAAUUUUACUGUGUAAAGUUCAAUAAUUUUGCCUAUGUGAAAAAUGUCAUCCUACUGGGACCUGAAAUUUUCAUUCAUGAAUUGUGUUAAUGCAAAAGGUUUGGACAUUUGCAGCAGACUUUAACAUACUCUCAUUUGGCAUUGAUUUGUUCUGGUUCUUUCGUAUAAUGACGUCACAUCAGAAUUUCAGCCCCCACAACCGUCGCUCCCGUAAACUCCCGACGGCGAUUCGCCGGAACCGGAAUGCUCGCCCUCCAAGUCCAUGCACUACUUUCUACACGUACCGGAAUGCGCUGCAGUGGAUGCGUGGCCAGCGGGAUGUGAUAUCUCGGUGUAUUCAGCUGCUCCAGACCUAUCCAAACUUAAUUCAAGACGAAUCCAUGGAUCGGUUGUGGGAGUUUAUCGAACCUCUGGUGCCAGAAGAGGAAAAGGAAGCCAAAUCAAGAGAAACCAAUUCUGACAUGGAUAUUUCGGACAACAGUGGUCACAGCUUAAGAUUAACUGGACGCAGAGUGCUUCAAAAUACAAGUACUUCUGUUGCAAAAGUGCCGGAGAAAAUUAAUGAUGAAAUAAACAGAUCCCAAAUUUUAAAUGAGAACGAAUCAAAGUUCCAAGAAACUGCAUAUAGACUUCAAAUAAUAAGCCAUCGAAACGAUGAUUCGACUGAUAAUGAUACGUUUAUGCACAGGGCGGUCAUUGGCGCCCUUCAGGAAGAUUUCUACGUAAAAGUUCCCAGAACUUCUCUGACAUCUUCCAGUUCUGUGUCAGACUCCAAGCUGAAGUAUCAGAUUCCAGGCUGUGAUCUCUGUGUUUAUUUCUUUACGGAGUCGACUCUGGAGAAUCCAAACUGCUUCCUCCAUCUUUGCACCGCACUUUCGAACUCUAUCCCCGUGGUGUAUGUCAAACGACGUAAUCAACACCUGCAGGAGAAUCUUUCGAACACCGUUAAGAGAAGUGGUCAAGGCUGUUCUACGAUGCAAGAACUUAUAGACCUAUACCUCGGGAAAGUGUCCAAACCCGCUGCCGGCCCUGGCAAAAAGAGAUUGCAGGGCAGAGAAAAGGCAACUGCGGUCUCUCGCCGCCCGAGCUCAGCUAGAGAAAGAAACAAAGAGGGACGCAGAGGCAAAAGGAAACACUCUCCCGUGAGCACGGACAAUGAGCUGACACGAAUAUUAUCUAACGGCUUUAACAGCGCUUUUGAAAUAAACGAGUUACAGAUAAGUUCUUCCUGUGAUCAGCUCAAGCAAAUCAUCUCUAGGACAAUAGGUUCCAAUUAUAUGCAUAUGAGAUCUGACCUUUUCUCUAGACAUUCGGACUCAGGCUAUGCAAAUAAGAUUUCAGGCUUGCGCCAUUUGCACAGCAGACCACAUUCUCACAAACCUUUCAUGCAAAACAAAACCGGCACUCAGGGAUAUUUAUCUUCGCCGGAAAGGCAUCUCUCAGGAGAUUCAGUCCAGACGCUUCGUGAAAGCUAUGACAGCUUUGACGCCAACGAGUUAGGCCCUCUCUUCCGGAGUUCUGUAAGAACUGUGAAGCUUCCUCCUCUGGAGCAACAGACCACGACAUACCUCCUGUUUGAUCGCAACCAGAAUUCUGGUGGGCCUAAAAGAGUGGAGUUCCCAAUCCAGGAUUUGCCAGAGUUUCUGGUGGAGAGUGAUCUGGAGCCGGAAGACAUGGAACUCAUUGAGUCCCCUAUACAGUUUCACGAGAUAGACUUGUCCAGAAAAGUCAAUGGGCGGAUGACACCCGAGAGUGAGAACUCCUGCUCCAGUUGGUUUUGAAAGAGCAUCAAAAUAUUUCCUAGAUAUUCUUUAAAGUUUAUAUUUUAAACAACCCAAAGAUGUUUUGGAUAAUACUGACCUCAAUAUUUUUUUAACAAUUUUAGUACGCAAUAUUUUGAAUGCAUUACUGUUUGGACGUUCUGAUAUACUCAACAAUGUGAGAAAGUAUUAAAUAUUUAUUUGUAAUUUGGAUUGCGUUUGUCUAUAUUAACCGGCUAAUUUUAUUAUUUAUUUAUUAUAAUUGAGGGCUUUUAUUUCAAGAGAGAUGGGGAGGGGGAGGAAAGCUUGAUAUUUUAAAGUACCCUAGUUGAUUUAAUAAUUUUGUGGGCUGCAUAUAAGUAAGCCAUAAUGGAAGCAUUUAUUUUAAACUAUACGUCAUUGUGGCUAAUGCGAAGUUACUUUAUACAUUCCAGAAACUGUUUAAAAUAAAUGUAAUACAGCAUUCAUAGAGUAAAUCUUCUAAUUUAAUGUAAUGAUUUCUUUUAGCUCUAGUGUAGGUACAUGUAUAUCUAUUGAUUACUCCUUCAUCCAUCUUUGUCUGUAUUAUAUAAGAUAAGAAACUCUAAUGCGUGUACGUUAAAGUAUUGCACCAAAAUAGGGGGCUUGUAGGCCCUAUUUCGCUAAUCCAAUGUGUUGUUUCCCUUGAUGUUAGAGCUUGUAGCUUGUUAACCUGUCUAUAACAUUAGUUAUUAUUACAGGCUUUUAUUUUCUGGGUCACAUGUAACACGCUCUCUAU